AUGAAAUAUUUGAUCAAAGAAUACAAAAAGUUACUGGGCAAUGGAGUUUAUGCUGUUUUCUACUUUGUGGGACAUGGCUUCGAGGUCAAUGGACAGUGUUAUCUUCUUCCUGUAGACGCACCAUCUGAAGCACACAAACCGGAGCAUUGUCUAUCUAUGGAUUACGUCCUCUAUGAGUUCAGUGAUCACAACCCAGCCCUCAAUCUUCUUCUUUUAGACGUGUGCAGAAAGUUCAUUCCGUAUGAGUUUGUGCCUGCCUUUGUUGACUAUGCGGAGCCUUUUAAGAUGAAGCACAAACCAUCUCGAAACACCGUUUAUGGAUAUUCUACAAGUGGUGGAGUGGGAGCUUAUGAAAUAAAAGGUGAGAUGAAUGGUGUUUUCAUGAAAUACCUCAAAACGCACAUAUAUCAGAAGGUUUCCGUCAUUCAGAUGCUGAACGACACUUCACGAGAUAUUGAGAAAGACGAGAAAGUAUGUGAUGUGCAAGUUCCUGAACUGCGCUCAACGUUGACUAGACCGCGUUCUCUGACCGAUCCGCUAGUCUGGGAUGGGCACACGGCAUCGUUCGAUCAUCAUACCAUUCACUGGAGACUCAUGCAUGAGCUGCCAAAUCCUGUCUAUGUACGAUUCGAGGAACUGGCGCUUUCUGUUACAAUAUGGUUCGAUUUUUGUGGGCAUUUCACGAACAAGGUGUACGUAUUCUCGUCAGUGAGCGAUUUACUGGACGAAGCUUCAGAGGAACUUGAUAGGAAGCUGUCUGAAAACGCCCUGUCGCACAUCGCUUAUCUUUCGUUUCCGCCGCAGCUCGAUGCUUCAAAAGAGCGUAUUGUUUCCGACGACGACGAGGGAGUUUCGUUGUGUCUCCUCCUUUCUCACCUCCAGCGAUCCAAAGGUGAGCUGAACUGCAGAAUACUUCUAACGAGUGCGGCUGACAAGCAGAAAGUUGUCGCAAUACGUGAUGUUGUGCUUGGACAUGUGCUCAUUACAAGAAUAGAGAUGAUCAAAUGA